AUAAGAACCCACACAAUGACACGCAUCGAACCAUCUCCAUCACCCAUCAUAGCCAUCCCACCCCCAACCCUCCUCCAAGAGAUCCGCACCUCCAAACUCCGCCCAUUCGGCCCUGUCCUCUCCGGCAUCGACAAACAAACCCGGCCAGGCCAACUCUACGUCUCAACCAUCGGGCUAGAAGACGACGAGCACGAUCUAACUUUCCACGGGGGCAUCGACAAAGCCAUCCACCAGUACUGCCUGGACCACUAUUCCUUCUGGGCAGAUCGGUUUCCCUCACCCGAGGUUCGCGCGCGCUUCGUACCCGGCGGCUUUGGCGAGAACCUCGUCGCAGACGGCUGGGACGAACGAACCGUCUGCAUCGGCGACUGGGUGCGAAUCGGGACCCCUGGGUCCCUGCGCACCGGCGGAAGCAAUGGUUGUCUGCUGGAGGUCAGUCUGCCGCGCCAGCCGUGCUUCAAGCUGAACCAGCGGUUCGGGAUCAAGAAUUUCGCUCCGCUCACUCACCAGGAGGCGAAGACGGGAUGGUAUUACCGUGUCGUCGAGGAGGGUUGGAUCCAAGAAGGGAUGGAGAUUCGGGUCGUUCGUCGGAGGCACCCACGAUGGUCGAUCGAACGGCUGCAUCACUAUGUGCAUCGUGAUAAGACAGAUUUGGCGGUGACGCAGCAUCUCAUGGCCAUGGAGGUGCUGGGGGAUGAGUGCAGGGAUGUGUUCAUCGACCGGUGGAGAACGCAUCAGGAGAAGGAGGCCGCGGCGAAGCGUCCGCCCGAGACGUGGAGGAAGUUCCGGGUUGCGAGUCACAGCGCGGAGACUCCCCGUAUUGUGCGUCUGGAGCUGAAAGCAGUGCGGCCAUCAGCCCCGUCGUCGCCGCCGCGUGCCAUCCUGCCUGGCAGCCAUGCCCUGCUUAAGCUCCCUACCGGGUUGCGUCGGGCCUACUCCAUCGUCCAGGGCCAUAUGGAUCGCUUUACGCUGGGGGUGGCCCUGGACGAAAGCAGUCGCGGCGGGUCGAGCUAUAUCCACCAGUCUCUUAAACCGGGGGACAUGGUCUCGGUGGCAGAUAUCACUCAGGGGCUACCGAUCGACAAGAUGGCGUCUCAUCACAUCUUCAUCGCGGGGGGGAUAGGUAUCACCGCUCUGCUGGCGAUGAUAAAACGACUCAAGGACACAAACCAGGACUACCAUCUUCAUUAUGCCGUGCGGACCGCCACCGACGUCGCCUUUAAACCUCUUCUUGCCGAGCUAGAACCCCACAUCACCAUCUACGACAAAUCCCAAGGCCAACGCCUGGACAUGACCGAGAUCCUGCAACAUCGCAUCUGGAACAGCCACGUCUACGUGUGUGGGCCGCAGCGCAUGAUUGAUGCCGUGGUCCAGACCGCCACCGCGGUAGACAUGGCUCCUAGUGAGGUGCACUACGAGCUCUUCCAAGGGGAUACCACCGGUGACCCUUUCACCGUGGAAGUCAUCUCCCCGGACCGAAAGGCGGAGGAGCUGCAAGUCGGUGCCGAGAAGUCGCUUCUGGAGGUUGUGCGAGACGCCGGCUUUGAGAUUGGCAGUUCCUGUGAGGUAGGAAAUUGUGGUGCAUGUAGAGUUCGCGUCCGGUGUGGACGGGUGCAGCACCGAGGCACUGCCUUGACGGAAUCAGAACAGAGGUCUGAGAUGUUGGCUUGUGUUUCCCGUGGUAUUGGUCAUAUUGUUGUCGAGGUUGGUGAAUAAUUUGGAAACUGGAUAGGUUUGUUUUGAAUGGAG